GGAUCCUGGCGUCCGGCGGCUCCGGGGAUGCGGUGGCGGCUGCUGUGGCUGCUCAGCGCCGCCGCCGCCGGCUGCUGCUGGGGCCUCGCCGCGGGCAAGACGCUGCGGGGCGGUUUCACCAGCUCCGCCGCCCGCCGGGAGCCGUGGCGGCCCGUGGCGCACUUCCAGUUCCACGGUGACCAUGCUGUUCUGUGUGUCAGAAUCAAGAACGUAGCAGUAGCUGUGGCAAAAGCAGCUAGACUUCACCUCUUUCAAGCACAGGAAUGGCAGAAGCUGGAGAACAGUGUCCAAGACCACAGCUGUACAGAGAAGUUCUCUAAAGCUCAGCUGACAAUGACUGUGAACCACACAGAGCAAAAUCUGACAGUGUCCCAGAUUCCUUAUCCGGAAACAUGGUAUGUGUUUUAUGUAGACAAGUUUACCUGCGAAGAGAAUUAUUCUGAAUCCGAGGAUAUUCAGUUUGAAAUGAUCUUACUAAACCCAGAUGCAGAAGGGAAUCCAUUAGAUCACUUUAGCGCAGGGGAAUCUGGAUUACAUGAAUUCUUUUUCCUGCUUGUCCUUGCAUACUUCAUAACUGCAUGCAUAUAUGCACAAUCCCUGUGGCAAACAAUUAGGAAGCGUGGACCUAUGCAUGGUGUAUUAAAGGUGUUGACAAUUGCAUUACUGUUGCAGGCUGGUUCAGCAUUUGCCAACUACCUGCAUUUCUCAAGUUAUUCUAGAGAUGGGAUAGGAGCUCCUUUUAUGGGAAGUCUGGCAGAAUUGUGCGACAUAAUCUCACAGAUACAGAUGCUGUACUUAUUGUUGAGUCUGUGUAUGGGUUGGACAAUAGGCAGAAUGAAGAAAUCUCAUGGCAGACCUCUUCAGUGGGAUUCCAGUCCAGCAUCUACCGGCAUUGCUGUAGUAGUUGUUGUUACACAGAGCUUCUUGUUAAUUUGGGAGCAGUUUGAAGAUACAAAUCACCACAGCUACCAUUCACACCAUGGCUUGGCGAGCGGGCUGCUCAUUGGCCUCAGAGUCUGCCUAGCUCUGUCCCUGGCUGCUGGGCUGUACCAGAUUAUCACAGUGGAGAGAAGCACACUGAAAAGGGAGUUCUACAUCACCUUUGCCAAAGCCUGCAUUCUCUGGUUUCUGUGCCACCCAUGUCUUGCAACCAUUGCUGUAAUAUUCAGAGAAUAUCAAAGAGAAAAGAUUAUUACCAUAGGAGUUAUCCUCUGUCAGUGCAUCUCCAUGGUUAUCCUCUACAGACUUUUUCUAUCUCAUAGUCUAUAUUGGGAAGUAUCUUCACUGUCAUCAGUGACAUUGCCACUAACAAUAUCCUCUGGACAUAAAAAUCGACAUCACUUCUGAGAUGUUUGGGAAGAAUACAUUACCUAAUAAAUGUGCAAUAAUGACUUGAAUAUGCAGGUAUUUUUGUCACAAGUGUAUGAUACGUUGGUUUCACUGGAAAACUGAGUGAUAAUAUCAAAGCACUUCACAGACCUUUGGUCUGACAAGAUUCCUAGAUAAAUGUGUUAAAAAUAUUGUGGAGUUGAAUACUGAAGAGUAUUGAAAAAUAUUGAAGAGUUUUAUAGAUACUGUUUAACAAGUGGUGCUGAGUUGUAUCACAGAAGAGUACAAUGAAUCUUUUCUCUCCCAUUCACGGAUACCAAAAAUGCCAUUACUUUGUGUCAGUACUAGGUUUGAAGGUCUUAUAAAAUGGAGUUCCUAAAACAUCUACAUGCUCAAACAAGUUUAAAAUAGGCCAGUUGUGAAAUUGGUGUGAUGCAUAACGAUGAGUAAAAGGAUUUUUUUUGUUUUCAUGCUUUAGAAAAAAUGCAUUUUAUGUAUCAGUGUAAAAGAUAGGGAAAGAAAGGAGGGAGAAUCAUCUAGAAAACAUGUAAAAUGUUCACAACUGACUGCAAGAAACCUUCCUUUAUCAUGGGUGUAAAAGAAAAGCCUUUUUUUGCAUCUAAUGUUCAUACUGGUUAAAAUCCUAAUGGGAAUGUAAAUAGGGUUUAUGUCUUCCUUUUAAAAAAAAAAAGUAAAUGUAACUAAAAAUUCCAUCCAGUAAUCAAGGUCUGAACAGUUUUUGAGGCUUGGAAUACAUAGCAACAUAAAGGUAAUUAAAACAGCAGCCUUGCAUCUUUUAAAGGAGAAAAAAAAGGCAAAGAAAAUGGAAUGGGUGAUGUGGUACUAGAAUUUUAAUCCUGAUAUAAUUCAUUUCUGUUACAUUGAGGAUUCAAUCAUAAUUAAGCCAUAUACACAGAUUAAAUUAACAGAAGCAUUUCAAAUAAAUGUUGGUUUCAGUCAUCAACUACCCAUGAAUUCCUGCCCAAGGAUACUUAAUCAGGAUUAAAUUUUCUAUGAAUAAUUGAAAAACAAAAUACUCACUGGAUUUGUUAUAAUCCAUGUUGGCACUGGGUUCUAAGUAGUUGCCAUCUUCCAUCCAUUGUAAUAAAGCCAUUCUACUUUGUGAUGCCCUAGCAUCCAGAAAGCCAGUGUAAAUAUAUACUUUAUUGAAGUGCCUAUUUAUAGAGUAUGAUUAAAUCAUGCUGACGCUUUUUUUCUUUCAUAAUAAGAACAUACCUAUUGCCAUUGUGAGUGAAAUUUUUCAUUUUGAAUUUAGCUUAGUUUAAACUUAGUACAUGUGUGUUUCUUCACAAAAUGGAUUUUAUUUUCUAGUAAAUCAAUGUUUGCUUCUUCUUAACAGUGUGCAUUUGAUUAUGUCUCUGUGAAAAUGUGAAGACACUGGUUCUAUCUUUAAAAUAGCCCUAAGUUUUCCAUUUAUCUUUGCCUCAGUUGUGAGCAUAGUUGAAACAUAAGUCUGUUCCAUUUUAGUUUAGAGGCAAAACUAGAUAUUUGCCUUUGACUUAGGCAAAAUGGCAACAUGACAAAGUUGCUCAUUAAAUCAUCUCUUUUCUUAUUGUUUGUAAUUCAGAUCAAGAAUGGCAGGUUGAGGCUGGAAAAGAUGAGAUAUUAUGAUUUCACACCAUCUUUAGAAUGAUUAAAAGAUUAAUUAUUACAUUCCUCUGAUAACCACACAAAAAUAUUAUUGGUUAAAACUUCAGUCUUUAUUUCCUUGCUUAUCUCUGUACUUUUCAUCUUCUCAAGAAAAAAGCAUCCUGGUUUUGAUAAGUCUCCAAUAAUGUAGUAAAAGAGUUCUAUCUGUCCUCAUGUAUAAGACUUCAAAUUCACACAUAAAAUAGAAUUUUCCGAUAGACACAAGUACUGCUUUACAGUUUAUGAUCCAUCGUGAUAAAAGUUUUAAUCUAUGCAAAAAAACCUCUAUGUGACUUUCAGAAGAGACACUCCAUUUGUUUUGUUCUCCAGAAGUACUGUCUUACUUCCUGUAGUUCUUCUGACUUGGCUUGGUCAGUAUUAUGAUGCCAUUUACCUUAUUUUCACUUUAUAGAUACACCCCACAACAAAUCAUGGUUCAUUAGUGUAGACAUGAAACAUAAGGUGGUGUCUUUUGCAUCUUUCCCACAUUGCCCCAUAGGUCAACAGUUUCUUAGUUUGGCAUUGGAUCCAGCUCCUUGGAAAUAAAUUUUAAUUUUGCUAUUAAUGUUCUGUAGCAAUGAAGUAUCACUUUCUCAGGGGAAGUGGCACAAAGGGUUUCUUUAAAUAAUAUUAAAUUUAUUAUUAAAUAAUAAAUGCACGCUGUAGCAGUGUGUCGCUAUGACUGCAGUAAUAUUCAGUUAAUUUGGUGCAGGGUAUCUUGGGGAAGUAGGAGAUCUUCAAGUAUGACUAAUGGACAAAGCUUCAUACUUAACCUGUAGUCUGUGUUGUAACUUACUGCCUCUGAUCAUGCCUGAGGAGUGGUUCAAGUAUGUAAAAGUCUCUCUUCUUUCUACUUACAUCUCCUGGGAGAAUAGCUGAUAAAACCGUGCUUUUUUCAUGCUUAUCCACCCUGUUACCCAUUCUAUCAAUUUGAUUUCAUAACUUCAUCUUGAGAAAAUAGCUUCCAGCCUUCUUCCAGUUGUCCUCAAUCUGAGCAUCCCAACUUGAAAACUGUAUUUCUGAAGUGUGCUUUCUGUCACCGAAAAGAACCCCCUCAUUUUCUGUCACACACUGAGGGUUUUGUGUGCAUCAGCCGGUGCUGUGCCCCCAUAGCCCCAGUCUGUACAAGGUGUGGGUUUGUGCCUGCUGAAAGCUGCCACACACCUGGGGAAUGUUGAGGAAGGGCUUCAGCAGUUCCAGGCUCCCUGACACCUCACUGCUGCACGGGGCUGAAGCAGGGUCCCUCUGAAGGCAGCACUGCCCCUGUGACCAUGGUGAGCAGCACUGUUGAGGUCAGAGCACAGCAUCUCACCUGAGAGAUUCCAUGCAGUUCUGUUUUCAAUAAAGUUGUGAUUUCUGUGUCUGCUCA